AAGCACCACAAAACCUUCCUCCUCCUCCCAUUUCUUCCACAUCCUUCUUGAUGCCCCCACUCUCUCUCUAUCUCCUCAAAACCUCACCUUGAUUGAUCUUGGUUGAGAUUCCCCAUGCACAUUCCUCCCCUCCUCUAUUUCCACCCUCCAAAUCUUGUUGGAUGAUCUAGUAUAUCUUUUUGUUCUUGCAGUUGUAGGAGUAGUAGCGGGAGAUUGUUGAUCUUCAACCCCACCACCAUUAAUGGCUGGGAGGCUUCAAUAGAGUAGUAGUGGAUACCAUCGUCUUCCUCAUUGCUGGCUGGCUGCUUGAGCUCUUCUUCUACCUCACCGCAUUACUAGUUGAGUCUUUGUCCUCCAUGGGGACGGCGGCUGUGGCGCCGGAGAGGCCGAAGCAGCGGCGGAGCAGCCACCUGUGGAAGAAGGCGCUGCUCCAUUUCUCACUCUGCUUCGUCAUGGGCUUCUUCACCGGCUUCGCGCCCUCGUCUUCGUCGUCUUGGAGGGCCGGAAGCGGCGGCGGCGAGCCGCACCACCGCGCCGGCGGCCACCAGCUCGCCGCGUCCCACCUCGCCGUGAACCAGCAGGUCAGCCUGGUGCCGGAUGCGGCGGCGGAGGCGGCGGCUGGGAACGGCGCGGUGGUGGACGUGGGCGACGACGAGGAGAGCGGGCCGCGGCGGAUGCUGAUAGUGGUGACGACGACGCGGUCGGGCGCCGGGGAGCGGCGGCGGCGGCGCGGGGAGCUGCUGCGGCUGGCGCACACGCUGAGGCUGGUCCGGCCGCCGGUGGUGUGGGUGGUGGUGGAGCCCGCGGGGGACGCGGCGGCCACCGCCGAGGUGCUGCGUGGCACCGGGGUGAUGUACCGCCACCUCGCCUUCAAGCCCGAGGAGAACUUCACCACCGCCGACGCCGAGGCGCACGCGCAGCGCAACGCCGCCCUCGCCCACGUCGAGAAGCACCGCCUCUCCGGCGUCGUCCACUUCGCCGACGCCGCCGGCGUCUACGACGCGCAUUUCUUCGACGAGAUCCGCCAGAUCGAGGCGUUUGGCACAUGGCCAGUAGCAACAAUGUCGGCAGGCCAGAAGAAAGUGGUGGUCGAGGGCCCGCUAUGCAGUGACUCAAAGGUUAUUGGUUGGUUCUCGAGAGACUUCAAUGAUGGGACCACCCAUGCAGUGACAUAUAACACGGAGGCGGACUUGAAUCCUGCUGGUGCUGCUGGCACGCGAGCUCACACGAUUGAUGUCUCAGGGUUUGCAUUCAACAGUUCUAUUUUGUGGGAUCCCGAGCGUUGGGGCAGACCAACGUCAUUACCAGACACUUCACAGGAUUCCAUCAAGUUUGUGCAAGAGGUUGUAUUGGAAGACAGGAACAAGCUAAAGGGGAUUCCCUCAGAUUGCUCCCAGAUCAUGGUUUGGCAGUAUACUAUGCCAAAAACUCACAAUAGAAGAUAGGGAGAGAAGAAGCAAGAGGCCUCUGCAGAAAGGGAAAAAGAGUUUGGGGAGUUGAUGUAAAUGUGGUGAAAACAAAAGAAAAGGAAGAAGGUUGUUUUACACUGGUUAUUUUUUUCCCUUUCUUUCUUCUUUCUUUCUCUUCUCUCAUUUUUGUUUUCUUUCUUAGUUUGGGGGUCAUGAUGAAUUGUCUGCGGAAAAUCUCCCCCCAAGCAAUAGUAUUUAUUCAGAUUUACUUGUGAUUCUUUAACUCUUCUCUUAUCCUCUCCUGGGUAAUCUUUUGUGAGGGGGUGUUGCCUCAGCAAAUUCCCUUUGUGGAUUGCAAUAAUACACUGUAGAAAUGUGGAAGAAAAUUUGGCAAUGACAUGAAAAUUCACAAGAUUACAGCCUUUAUCAGAAA